GCAAAUCAAUCAGUUAGCGAUCAUUUUUGUUGUUUUUCGAUUGUGUAGUGAUACGUAUUGAUCUGCAUUGUUUUGACUGAAAUAAAUGAAUCAUUUUGUGACGUGAGCAUAUAAUUUUAAGUGAUAACUUAUUUUGUAAGAAAACCCUCGUGAUUAUAUUUGCUUUGAUGCUUUGAGACAGUCGAAAAUAUUGAUAUGAAAUAUUGAUCGUUAAAAAUACAAAAAUUGCCGUAACACCCGUCUGACCUGUGUCCGAUUGUUGGCCAAUUCGGUCUUACCGGAUCACCUGAAAAUAGUUUUGCUUGUAAACCUAUCAAUUAACUCGUAAUGAGGGUCCCUUUGUUCUCUAACUCUACCACGUCCUCGUGUAGCGUUUCCUUCGAAGACCGGAAAAAGGCACUAACCAGGCACUAACUGUUGGCUGCAUUUGUCCCUGGGAGCCUGUGACAGUUCUCUAUCUGGAAGAAUUUACCAGCAGAGCUUUUUUCUUCGUCUUUGGCUGGAUCCGGGUUUGUUAUGGUUUGGUUUGCCAUGAAAACUGCUUAGUGUUGGGACAACCUAAUCAGCGAUGGUCCCCACCAGUCCGCACGCCGCUGGACUCGAACUUGGCGUCUGGAACGCCCAGGUCACGACGUCACCACAGCGCAUACGUAGAGGAGGUUCCGGUUGUCAAAUGGAUUCAAUAAAGCCAUUCCGUGUUUAAUUACUUACAAGAUAACACGUUGUUUUAUUUGUUGGACAUUAAGUCUUAUUUUGUCCUUGCUUUUAAUUUGUUAAAUGUUAAUUGUCUCUCACGUACGAAAUCGGCCACUGGGCGUACGUGGUGAUACAAAAGUGGCGACUCGGGUUAGUUUUGGCCUAAUCUUUACGGGUCCAAGACGACGCCCACGCGGAAACGUAGAAGACUUCGGGAAAGUUCCGAGAGCUCGAUGGACGGCGACGAAUCCAUGAACGGCCAGGUUCCGCCGAACGGGCAGGUGCCGCUGAGCGGACAGUUGCCGCCGAACGGACAGUUGCCGCCGAACGGGCAGUUCGGGCAGCAACCACAUGGAUUCCGACCUGGGGCAGAUCCGUACAUGCAGUGGUUCUCGCAGCAGCAGCAAGUCUACGUGACGGAGAUGUUCCGCCAGCAGCAGGAGGUUCUCCAGCAGCAACAAGCGGCCAUGCAGCAGCAACAGCGAGCGUUCAUGGAGCAGCAGGAGCAGCUUCUACGGAACGUCAUGACUCGGAUCAAUGUACAGGUCCCGCCGAACCCGGAGGUCAUUCUGGACUCGCUUGCCAACAACAUCAAGGAGUUCAGGUAUGAUCCGGAAAACAACGUCACCUUCGCGGCCUGGUACAAUCGUUAUGACGAGCUCUUUGCGAACGACGCUAGCCGGCUGGACGAUCCGGCCAAGGUGCGCUUGCUGCUCAGGAAGCUGGGGAUGUCGGAACACGAGCGGUACACGAGCUACAUACUGCCGAAAACAGCUAAGUUUUUCUCGUUCGCGGAUACCGUGGCAAAGCUUACGUUACUGUUCGGUACGGCCGAAUCGGUGAUCAGUCGACGGUACCGCUGCUUGCAGAUCAUGAAGCAACCUUUGGAGGACUAUGUCACCUAUGCCUGCCGCAUCAACAAAGCUUGCGUUGAAUUCGAACUGCCCAAGCUCUCGGAGGAGCAGUUCAAGUGUCUUGUUUUUGUGUGUGGUCUGAAGUCAGAGAAAGACGCAGAAAUAAGAACGCGGUUGCUGUGCAGGAUCGAGGAGCGAGCAGACAUAACACUGGAGCUGAUUUCGGAAGAAUGCCAACGCCUUCUCAACAUUUGGCACGACGCGGCGAUGAUCGAGGAGCAGGUAGCCGCGGUGCAAGCGUUGGAUUCGAAGCCGAAGUUCCCGAGGAAGCAGUUCAAGUCUGGUCCAGCUGGUGAUCGCACGAAGUCCGGUAGAAGUGGUCCAGACACGGCCUGCUGGUUGUGUGGUGGGAUGCACUACGCAAGGGACUGCUCGUUCAAGGCGCACGAGUGCACCGACUGUGGACUGGUUGGCCACAAAGAAGGCUACUGCCGGAGCGCUGAGAAGUACGUCUCGACGAAGGUGGUGAAAGUUAACACGUGCAGCGUGGAAGAUCGUCGGAAGUACGUGCCAGUCGUGAUGAAUCGCACCUCUGUGCGGCUGCAACUCGACACCGGGUCCGAUAUCACCAUCAUCUCAACGGGAACGUGGCGCAGCAUUGGAAGUCCACCGAUGUCAACAACUUCCGUCGUGGCAAAAACUGCUACGGGCAAGCCCUUGGGGAUCGACGGUGAGUUCUGGUGCGAAAUGGUGGUCGGGGGACGAAAUUCUUCUGGUCUGGUUCGAGUGACAAGUCAACCUCUGAAUUUGCUGGGCUCUGACAUAAUUGACAGCUUUGGGCUGUGGUCAGUGCCGCUUUACACCAUCUGUCAUCUGGUUGAAACGUCAACAACAACAACAACAAAUGUUGAUGCACUCACAUUUCCACAUUUGUUUUCUGGAGAGUUGGGCUUGUGCGUGAAGACGAAGGUGAAACUUGAGUUGAAGCCGGAAAAAUCACCCGUUUUUCGGCCCAAGAGACCGGUUGCUUACGCGAUGUACCAAGCUGUGGAUGAUGAGUUGGACCGACUCGAACGCUGCAACAUAAUUUCUCCUGUGGAUUUUUCGGAGUGGGCAGCUCCGAUCGUGGUGGUACGAAAGGCAAGCGGGGCAGUACGAAUCUGUGGAGACUAUUCCACGGGGUUGAACGACGCGUUGCAGCCCAACCAGUACCCGUUGCCUCUUCCCCAGGACAUUUUUGCUAGUCUGGCCAGUUGUACCGUCUUCAGUCAGAUUGACUUGACCGAUGCGUACCUGCAGGUGGAGAUGGACGAAAGCUCGCGUGCCAUGCUCACCGUCAACACGCACUGGGGACUAUACCAGUACAACCGCCUGGCACCUGGAGUAAAGCCAGCACCGGGAGCUUUCCAGCAAGUCAUCGACGGGAUGCUGUCCGGGCUCGUGAGGACUUGUGGUUAUCUCGACGACGUGGUUGUCGGGGGUUUGGACGAAGAGGACCAUAAGAAAAACCUACGGGCGGUGCUGCAGCGCAUAGAGGAGUUUGGUUUCACGAUUCGUGCGGAAAAAUGUUCGUUCGGUCAGCCGCAAAUUCGCUACCUGGGCCAUCUUCUUGAUCUCCAGGGAUUGCGGCCGGAUCCAGCUAAGAUCGAAGCAAUCGCCGAUCUCGCCGUUCCGACCGAUGUCAGUGGAGUUCGGUCAUUUCUGGGCCAUUACGGCAAGUUUGUGGCGAACAUGCGCAAUUUGCGGUAUCCCCUCGACGAGCUGCUGAAGGAUGGGAACAAGUUUCGGUGGACGCCGGAAUGCCAGCAAGCGUUCGACCGAUUCAAGCAGAUUCUCAGCUCCAACUUGAUGCUGGCCCACUACGAUCCGACGCAGGAGAUUAUUGUCUCGGCCGACGCGUCAUCCGUUGGGCUAGGCGCAACCAUCAGCCACAAGUACACCGACGGCUCGGUGAAAGUCGUUCAGCAUGCAGCUCGGGCGCUGUCGAAGGCGGAACAGGGUACAGCCAGCCGGACAGAGAGGGUCUAG